AUGCUCGUUAGGGAGGAGUCUAUUCAAUCAUAAAUUAUAUGUAUUGUGGUGGUAAUAUAACUACCUUUAAAUAAUUUUUAUCGACAUGGCGGACCCACCUUCUGUCUCGUCGCCUCCACCUAAUUCAUCAUCGUUUUCAUCUCCACUGCAUUCGUCGCCUCCACUUGAUUCAUCGUCCUCUUCACCUCCACCGCCUUCACCACCACCAAAGGAUGCAGAUUCCAAGUUGAUUCAGACACCUAUCUCAAGCCAAAGAAAAGACUCAGAUGACGAUUCAUCUCGAAAUCCGCCACCUCCACCUCCACCUCCACCGCCUCCGCCACCACCUCCCCCACCUCCUCCGCCACCUCAUUCUGGAUCACUUUCUCCUCCAAAGCACCGUUCACCACCACAUCAUUCACGAUCCCAUGAUAAUGACUCCUCCACUAAUCAGAAAGCCAUCAUCGCCGGAGCAGCUGCUGGCGCUGGACUUUUGCUCCUUGUCAUGAUUGCAUUCUUGUUGUCUUGUACCAAAAGGAAGAAACGAAAAGCGCCUGAUAUGCACUAUUACAGUGACAAUUCUCGUAGAAAUGGUGGUCCUGGCUAUUAUAGCAGCGGACAACACGAAAACUGGCACAACGCUGGUCGAACUCCUGAUCACGUAGUUAAAAUGCCGGUGGCACUCAGCAGCGCCGGCGUGAGCUCCGAAAUAGGUUGGGCAGUACCGCCGCCUCCACCACCACCAAUGAUGAGCAGUAGCGAAUUGAGCUCCGCCGGCUUCUCUGGUCCACAUGGACCUGCCUUGCCACCACCGCACCCUGCCGUCGCCCUUGGAUUUAACCAAAGCAGCUUCACUUACGACGACUUGGCGGCAGCGACUGGCGGUUUUUCGCAGUCUAAUUUGUUAGGACAAGGCGGAUUUGGAUAUGUGCACAAGGGGAUUUUACCGAAUGGGAAGGAAAUUGCGGUGAAGAGUCUGAAAUCGAAUAGCGGACAAGGGGAGAGGGAAUUUCAGGCGGAGGUUGAUAUUAUUAGCCGCGUCCACCACCGCCACCUGGUGUCGCUCGUUGGAUAUUGCAUUGCCGAAUCUCAGAGGAUGCUGGUUUAUGAAUUUGUUGCCAAUAAUACUCUCGAAUAUCAUCUUCAUGGAUAUGGUCGCCCAACUAUGGAUUGGCCGACAAGGCUUAAAAUUGCAAUAGGAGCGGCCAAAGGAUUUGCUUAUCUUCAUGAAGACUGUCAUCCUCGGAUUAUCCAUCGAGACAUUAAAGCUGCAAACAUUCUUCUUGAUUUCAAUUUUGAAGCUAAGGUCGCUGACUUUGGAUUGGCUAAGCUUUCUUCGGACAACAACACUCACGUUUCAACUCGAAUCAUGGGAACAUUCGGGUACCUAGCGCCUGAGUAUGCAGCUAGCGGCAAGCUUACUGAAAAAUCUGAUGUCUACUCAUUUGGAGUUAUGCUCUUGGAACUAAUAACUGGACGACGCCCUGUGGACAUCAGGAGCGCCGAUGAUGAAAGCUUAGUUGAUUGGGCUAGACCGAUACUAACGAGCGUCACUGAAGGAGGAAGCUAUGAAGAAUUGGUGGAUCCACGCUUGAAGGAUAACUAUGACCCAGAAGAGAUGCUACGCAUGGUUGCCACUGCUGCUGCAUGUAUUAGGCAUUCUGCCAGGAGACGCCCCAAAAUGAGCCAGAUUGAACGUGCUUUGGAAGGUGAUGUCUCUUUAGAUGACCUAAACGAGGGAGGGAGACAUGGGAAUAGUGCAAUGUUUAGCUCUAGUUCUGAAUAUGAUGGGGCUUCAUAUUCGGAUUUGAAAAGGUUUAAAAAGGCAGGAAUGUCAAGCCAAGAGUUCACUAGCAGUGAGCAUGGACUCACAGGGGAGUUUGUCCAUUCCGGCGGAAAUUCACAGGAAAUCCACCCUACCCGUAGCCGAUUGCACAAUACUUGAGCAACCUCUCACACUAAUUGCGACUGAAGCGUUCUUGGGAAUUUCCAUUGAGCAAAAGUUCUCUCACAAAUUUUGAUUGAAAUUCAUGGACUGUUCGGUGCGAAGAACUGUACAAUACUAUCAAGUCCACUCUAGUGUCAUGUACCAAAAGUGUCGUCCACUGCCAUAGAGACCACGUGACAGAUGUGCACCAUAGACCUUUCACUACACUAUUCUUAUUUAUAACCAUGUAUAUGGAGUAUAUAUAGAAUAUGUAUUUGUUAAUUGUGUAGGAUUCAUGCUUGACAUGUCAAACUAGUUUUGUAUAUAAUGGCUGUACUGAAAUUUUCUCUAUCCGUUAGAGAAUUCAGACAACAAAAUAGAAGUAAUAUAACUUUCUCUAUGGUUUGGAAACAAAA